UAACGCCCAGCAAAGCUUAGCGCCCGUGGAGCUGCUACCCCUGCGCCUGGACACCCACCGGGAAAGGGAGCAGGGCAGGGAGCCCAGCGCAGGGAUCGCUCCUAGGGGACACCAGCUGGAGCAGUGCAGCUGAAGAGGGGGCAGGUGCAGAAGUGAUUCAGAAAAGCAGAUUCCUCUCGCCAUCUCCCCCCGCUGUUCUAACUCGUUAAAACUAGUGCAGAUCUGGCCAAGUCCGUCACUCCAGCAACAAUCCCACCGAGGAAACCUCCUAUUGCCAGGGGCAGGGGCUGCUGCAAACAGGGGCAAGGCUGUGCACUUACACUGCCCCGUCGUUUGAGUUCCCACAGUGGCUACUGUGCGCCCUCUGCCCCAUUCCUGGGGUUUUAGUCUUCUUCCGUUUCUCACUGUUUCCCCUUUCCCAGGGCCUGGGAAGGGCACUUGCAGCAUGGUGCACAGUAAACUAGGAGCACUGUUUCUCUCGGCCACGUCCACAAACAGAAAUAUUUACUUAUAGUAAUAGGUAAACACUAUUCAAAUAGAGCUGGUGCUUACCUUGAGUGUUCACAGAAAGGCAGAGUGCAACAUAGCACUCAGCCACUGGAUUUCUCUGGUGAACAGGUAAUCCUAUGACACCCUCCCUGCAUACAAGCCAUUGCAGGAGCUGGCUCCUUUCUUGCCAUACAGAGAACACAAACAUCUCUGGAGCUGGCUCUGGCACUAGUGCACAGCUGCAGGCUGUUGUGACAACCAUCCUAACCCAGCAGCAAAAUUGCUUUCAUGGACUUUCCUUUUAAAUUUCAAAUUUGUCAAGUGUUUAAAAAUUAACCCCGCCCUGUGUUUUGGGCCCAAAACCGUGUCCAAACACAUCUAAGGAGACAUUGAUUUGGAAUGGAGUAUUAGGACCCGCUGUGCUGUUCUGCUCUGCACUCCUUCCAUGACUGCUGAGGCAGGCUCCCUCCAGCCGCAGGAUGUUUCCAGCCUCUCUGUUCCCCUCCUCAGCUUAUGGAACAUGUCCUCUCCGUACUGCAUCUCAUUGGCAGAUGUUGAAGCUGCACAGUCAAGUCUCCAUGGUCUUAUCCACCUCACCCCCAUCCUAACCAGUUCCAGCCUAGACAAGUUAGCCGGCCACAGACUCUUCUUCAAGUGUGAGCUCUUCCAGAAGACUGGUUCCUUUAAGAUCCGAGGCGCACUGAAUGCUGUCAGAAGUCUGGUUCCUGCAGCCCAGGGUGACAGAGAGCAGCCCAAGGCUGUUGUGACACACAGUAGUGGAAACCAUGGCCAAGCUCUUGCCUUUGCAGCUAAAGUGGAAGGGAUUCCUGCCUAUGUCGUGGUGCCUCGCACAGCGCCACUCUGUAAGAAAGCUGCCAUCUGCUCAUAUGGAGCCAGGCUGAUAUUAUGUGAGCCCACUGACGAGUCCCGAAUGGAGGUGGCAGCUCGGACAGUUCAGGAGAAGGAAGGUGUGAUGGUGCAUCCCAAUCAGGAUCCUGCUGUGAUUGCAGGCCAAGGCACUAUAGCACUGGAGGUACUGCAGCAGGUACCCCAAGUGAAUGCACUGGUGGUUCCCGUUGGAGGAGGAGGAAUGGUUGCUGGAAUAGCAGUGGCCGUCAAGGCUUUGAGACCAGACAUAAGAGUGUAUGCUUCUGAACCAUGCAAUGCAGAUGACUGCUACAGGUCAAAGGUGACAGGGGAACUCACCCCCAACCGUCACCCCCCCGACACCAUAGCAGACAGUGUUAAAACCAGCAUUGGACCGAACACCUGGCCUAUCAUUAAGGAUUUGGUGGAUGAUGUGCUGACAGUCACAGAAGAGGAGAUCCAGGUAAGCAUUAACUCCAAGCACCUCCAUGCUGUAAUGGCUCAGCCCUCUGGCACAGGUGCCUCCGUUUACACAUUGUCCUCCCUCCACCACCUUGCCCUUCCAUGCUGUAGCGUGAAGCAGGAGUCGUGAUCCCCUUCAAAGGAUGAUCGCUCUCUGCCAUGCUGGCUGGGCCUCCUCCAUUUCCUGUGUGGAGGAAACAUAGACCUAGGUUCCCUGGCCUGGCUCAGCCCACCUGGCAAAGAGGAAAAUGGAAAUUGAUCAGCCUUGAGAGCCACUUCUCCCAGGAGUGAGGAACUGGGCUGUUUCUUAGAGCCUGGUGCUGUGUUUGCACAGUGGGGCCUCUAGGAGUUACUGUAAUAAUAAAAAACAACAUGAGCAAAAGGAUUGUGAUUUCUAAGGAAGUGGGGAAACCUUGUCAUCUCAAGGAGCAGCUGGUGCUACUCUUAACCUGGUACAGGUGGCUGCAGCCCAAGAGCUGGUCUCAGCCUCUCUAAGGCAGGCAGUUGGAAUGAGUUUCAUUCAGCUACCCCCUGCCUUGGGCCCAAGCCCAUGCUGCUUGGAGAGAUCACUUGUGUGUUCAGCAGCAGGAGACUGUGGUAAAGUCUGACCCUGUGCUCUUAUGGGACAGGGCUCCUUCCUGCCCACAGGCUCUAAGUUAGACAAACACAGUUUAUUGGAGAAGAGUCAAUCGCACAUUUGUAAAGAGAAGUCAUGCCUCGCCAAUCUAGUAGAAUUCUUGGAGGGUGUACUUGGUUUUUUCAGAAAGCCUUUGACAAGGCCCCACACCACAAGCUCUUAAGAAAACUAAGUAGACAUAGAAUAAGGCUCAGUAACUGGUUCAAGAUAGGAAACAAAGGGUAGGAAUAAAUAGUCAGUUUUCAUAAUGCAGAGCGAUUAGUGGGGUCCCCUGAGGCUCUGUGCAGGGACUUGUGCUGUUCAACGUAUCCAAUAAUGAUCUGGAAAAGGGAGCGAACAGCAAAACUGCAAAGUCUGCAGAUGAUACAAAAUUAUUCAUUAAUCAAGAGUCACGGGGGGCACUCUCAGGAACUGGCAGAUGAAAUUCAACAUUGAUAAGCGUGAAGUGAUGCACACUGGCAAAAAUAAUCCCAACUACAGACAUAUGAUGAUAGGUUCUACAUUAGUGAUUACCACUCAAGAAGGAUCUUGGAGUCACAAUGGAUAGUUCUCCGAAAACCUCAGUUCAAUGCACAACAGCAGUCAAAAAAGCUAACAGUGAGGAAAUGGAUAGAAAAUAAGACAGAAUAUUGUAAUGCUCACACCAUGUACCCACACCAUGAAUACGGUGUCCAGUUCAGGUCUACUUACCUCAAAAAGGAUAUAGUGGAAAAGAUUUGGAGAAGGAAAACAAAGAUGAUUAAGGAUAUGGAACAGCUUCCAUACGAGGAGAGACUAAAAAGAUUAGGGCUGUUAGCUUAGAGAAAAGAGGACAGUCUAUAGAAUCAUGAAUGGAGUGAAAAAAGUGUUAUUGACCCUUUCACUCCAUAUGAAACCCACUACCAAUGAAAUUAAUAGGCAGCAGGUUUAAUACAAACAAGGGGAAGUACUUUUCCCACACAAUGGCAAGUUAAACUGUGGAACUCACUGCCAUGGGAUGUUGAUGGCCAAAAGUAUAACUGGGUUCAGUGAAGAAUGAGAUAAA